CACAAUAUGACGACUGCUUUUUAUGAUAAGACAUACAUGUACAGUGUACAUUAGAAAUGCAAAAUAUAAUAUUAUUGAUAAUCACUUGGAUACAAACAUACAAUACAAUCAUACAAGGAAGAAUUAGAAUAUAUUGUUUUAGAACCGAGGGUACAUUAUGUGAACUUCAAUAAAUGUUGCAUAUGAGUAUUGAUAAGCUAAGCAGGAUUUUCCUGAAAGUAAGAUGAGGAACUCACACAUAGUCAUUUGCAUUAAAUAAACUAUGUUUUACGGAAAUGAAGCAAUAAUUCAAAAAGGCAGAAUUGAAAUACGACAUGGCUAAUGAUAGUAAAAACAAUGUAACAUGGUGGGAUGACAUCAUGACUAAUUAUAGUAAAAAUAGUGAUUCAUGGUGGGAUGGCAGAAAUCCAUUCAAUGACGAAGAUCAUAUAUAUUGGGCAGUUCACAUGGGAACGUUCGCCAUUCUUGCAGUCAUUCACAUUGCAACGUUGUUAUAUCAUAGGAAAAAUUGGCAUCGUAAAUGGUUACCUGGAGAGAAAGCAUGCACCAACUUGAUACAUCCCGAACUUACAAUUUAUCCAGCCCCUCCAUCCGAACAAGUGGCAAACUCACCAAGUUAUCAAUGGAAAGAGUGUCUAAGGUUCAAACUGACUAUGCUCGAACGACCAAUGAUUUUAGACAUCGUCCAUUGGAUUGGAAUGUUCAUCAUUAUCAUUUGUAUUUGGAGCAGGUCUAAGGAGUUAAUCAUUGGGACUUCAUUCGUAGCAUUAUUCGACUUCAUGCAAUUUGUAUACAUGAUUAAAUUAUACCCCGAUCCUAAACCCACGAAAUUCCGAAUUCAACUUACAUACGCGGUCAUUGCUGGAUUUCCAAUGGGAACCAUUGGAAAAAUGGUGCUUGCACUAUCCAUGGACGGAUAUAUUCAGCUAUAUGAAGUACUUGGUGUUUAUCAGUAUGUAUUUGAGGCAAUAGCUGGGAUCAUCCUUAUUAUAUCCAUAAUUGCCAUUUUCGCGCUUUGUGACAAAUCCAGUAAUCAUGAUGAUGAUGCAUCAGCGUGCACAUGUUUCAUAUUAACAGGGAUCAUUAUACUUAUAUUUGCAUGUGCAGGGGUAGCAAUGGCUGUAAUGUCGUAUUUAUAUAUGAAGCAACAGAACAUUCGAGUAGAUGACUUGAAAACGAUGUUAAACAUAGAUGAUAACUCUGCAGUGCUCAAAUCAUGUCCAUGCUGGACAUGGGCCUUCCUUGUAAUAUGGAUACCUCUGAUGAUUGCGUCGCUUGUGUUCCUUUACGUCUCAUCAAAAGACUAUGGAUUCUACUUUAUCCCUGAUUACAUAACGCUUCAUGGGUUUUACCUUAGUACAGUAAUCCUUGCGUAUCACUUGGAUACAUUCGAUGGAACAACAAUGCCACUUAUUACAAAUGGCUACAUGUUAUUCCCUCUCAUCAUGUGCUUGGUGCUCACCGUCAUAUACCACUUGGUUGAUGUACAUGGGAUGACGAGACAAAUGACUGAUGUACAUGGGAUGACGAGACAAAUGAAAAAGGAAGGAUACGAACUUUUCAGAGUCACUGGGCAAACAAGGAGAGAUAUAGAGCAUCUGUUUAAAAGCACAUGGAAAAAGCUACGAGAAUCUUCAUAUGUUUGUUGUUCGUACAUGUUUAGGACGCUCCUUUCUGAAUGAUGACUUUAACAAGUAUACUGAUCUUCCAUGCACAAAAAGGGGAUGUAUGGUUGAAAACUGUAGAAAUCAUCCUGAAAAGUUUGACACUAUCGUAUCUGACCUUGGAGCCAGAAUGAGAUUUCGAGAGUUUUUGAUAUUUGACGAGACACAUUGUUUUCCCGAAUUUCUGAUUGUAUAUGACAGAGUUGCAGACAGCUAGCCUUCUUGUAUUAGUAAUGACUAUUGUUUGCAGAAGCGAUGAACUUUAUCACCUCCCCAUGGACCACGCAUGUUGAGAAGGAUUACAGAUUAUAAGUGUGAAAUUAUUUUAUUUAUGUUUCAGUUAAUUUCAAUAUCUCUUUUGUUUCAAUUCAUUUAUAUUCAUUCAUAGAAUCGGACAGUUUAUAUCUGAAUCAGCAACGCAAGUUGUCAUUCAGUGCAUAAUGUGGAAACUUAGUACUGGAAUAUUCUUGGUGUGAAAUUAUUUCAUUUAGAUUAGGCCUAGUUAGGAAAAUGAUGGGUAAGUGAGUGUUGAUUUAAAUUAAGAGUCAAGUUCAAUAAGAUCGCGGCCGGCUGUUGAAAAACAGUAUCUUAUUCGUUCGAACCCCAUACGAGUCUUUGAUUCUGUAAAUAUUCAUUUGUAGAUACAACAUUUUGUACAUUAUGUUCUAUAUAUUUGGAGUUAUAUUAUAAAACUUUAUAAACUCAAACUCAUUUGCUUUUGCUUUGGGCAAAGUGGUCAUUCUGAAAUAAGGUUAAUUUUGUUUCCAGUGGAUUUUCGAAAGUCCAAAUAAAAUCCCAUGAUAUUCCGGCCCUAGCCACACUACCACAUACUUGUUGUUAAUAGUGGGGCUAAGUUCAUUUCAGUGUAUUUACCAACAUUAAUAUGUUAUUUUAUAAUUAAGUCAGCUUAUGUAAUAAUUUGUUCAUGAAAUGUUUUGUUUUAUUGAUAACAGUAGAACUACUCAAUUGUCUGAUAGAACUUAAAACAGACUAAAAUUGAGUAAUAUUCAUGUCAACAAUAGAGGUAUUAAGACAGCCGAUGUGGCAAAAAAAAUUUUUUAAAAGAAAGGUCACAAACAAAGAGAUAUUUUAACUGUGUUGAAGAAUUGAAACGCUUAAAAAUGGCUUGUUUUCUAAAAUUGCCUAGAAUAGCGUUAACAUGUAGUGCAACAAAUCCAUCGUUGUUUGCAAUAGGCAUUCAUUUUAAUUUACACUAUGAGUGGUCAGAGCAGAUGUAUGCUGAAUAUACCAAGUAUAAAAGGAACUUACUUGAUUGUUACAGAGUGCUGCCUCGUAGUAGCUCCCAGGACAUUUUGUGUUCUUUGGCCUUAAAGAUAAAACAAGCAAAAUUAAAAAUACUUCGUCAAACAAUAUCCAAAAAUAUAGUGCUUUAGUCCCUGAUCUGGACGCUCUGAAAAAA